AUGCCGUCGAAGCGGCGCACUAGGUCGCCGUCAGUCGACGCGCUGGAUCGGCUUGACUCGGCUCGCAUGCGGCUCCAGCGAGCGAGCACAUCGAUCCAUGCACGGACCCAGGCCAUGCACUUACGCCAGUCCAUUCUGCGUGACGCCAUCGAGACAUCCAAGUUCAGCUAUCUACACGAAGUCAAAGGGCACCGCUCGUGCAUCAAUGCACUGGCAUUUUCUCGCGGAUCUGGGCAAUGGAUGGCGAGUGGCGGCGACGACAUGCGCAUUCACAUCCGCGAUCUGUACGACUAUCACGACUCGCGAUCCAGCGCGCCAGAGGCAAGUACGUAUCGCACGCGCGCUCGGCUCUUGGGUCACACGUCCAACAUCUUUUCGCUCGCGUGGAGCGAAAACAAUACACACCUCUUCUCGGGAGGGAAUGACCAAAUGGUGCACUGUUUCGACCUGAACUAUGACGCGGCACCGAUCGACACAUUUCAGCUUCGAGCUGAAAGACGCAUGCCGGACAUGUCGUUCUCCGAGCAUGAUACAGGCAUUCGCGAAGUGUCAGCGCAUCCUACGCACCCCAGCUUGGUCAUGACGUCCAGCGAUGGCGGCCAAGUGUUUGUCGUUGACGUUCGUCUUCCCACUCCUCAUGUGGCACAGGCUUUCUUGUUCCCAGGCCAGGUGGCAUCAGCCCAAUGGAACCCCCGCGAUAGUCAUGCCUUUGCUGCGACAUGCUCGCACGAUCCACAUGCAGCCGCGGCUCUUUAUGAUGUGCGUCAUGCAUCGCACCUUGUCUCGUCAUCCGAUGCACUGGUCCGCUAUGUGUCGCAGCUGCGGGCUAAACUACCCGCCGGGCUGGCGAUGGCUCGUCCAGAUCCAACCGGGGCUCAGUUCGAUCCAACAGGCCGAUAUCUGGUGACAGACAUGUCGCUGUUUCACCCAACACUGUAUGCUGUCGACAGUCCUUUGCCACUGGCGACGAUGUCGUCUGUCGCGGCGCAUCCACAUACGCAUCCGUGCACCAAGCCUGAUACAACCGUAUACCGUCCCAAUGCAGGGUACAGAAACAGCUGCACGGUCAAACGCGGCUCUUUUGGAUUCGAAGCACAGGCCGGUGCCCUCUACUACACGGCUGGCUCCGAUGACUUUCGUGGUUAUGGGUGGCGCAUUCCACAUAUCCAAGACAUGCUGGAUGCGCGUGCCUCUAUGCCCUACAAUGACUGGAUUAUGCAUGAAACAGCAGGAAGCAACGAGGUAUGGUUCCGGUAUGCGCUGCAUGCAUCUGAUGAUAUGGUCCGCCCCUUGGAAAUUGCGCAACCAGUUUUCACGCUGGAAGGAUCCAACUCCAUCGUCAACUCUACCUUAUGCCACCCAACAAUGCCUAUGAUCGCUACAGCUGGGAUCGAGCGCCUUGUGCGUCUGCAUUAUGCCACGCCCAUGUCAUCUGACCAUUUGCAUCCAGCAUGGCCUACGCUGCGCCCAAAUACGCGCCAACGUCCGCCACUGACCGACAUGACGGCCCUUCUUCGUGCGAUCCAGCGUCGCCCCCAUAUACCGUCAGACUCUGACACAGAAACAGAAGAACAGGCUGCUGUAUCACCUGCAUCGCACGCUCCUACCUCUGCCGAACUCGCCGAUCGAGAGGCCAUUUCGCUAUUUGAUGAGCUACUACGUGAGGAAGAGGAUCGAUCUUUAUUCUCGCAUCAAGACAUCGACACAGAGAAUGAUACAGAUAUCGAUCCUGACAUGCAGAGCAUCUGGGACUCCGAGUCGGAUAUGCACGUGGAUCUAGACGCCCUGGCAUUUCUGCUGGGGCCAGACGAGGAUUCCAUCGAGACCAACGAGGAGGACGCGUAG